CUUAAGUUAAUUGGAUCCUAUUGUGGAGGUGUACCUAUUUGAGUGGACGCUGGGGGUAGGACAAAUGUGCGUCUUGGGGGCCAUUUGUGUGGGCGGUGCAGCGGUCAGACCAUCCCCGCCCCCCUCAGACAGCCAGUCGUUCGAAACAAGCCAGCCGCCACAGACAAUCCCCCUACCGCGACCACACAGUGCCGCGUGUCCCGUAUGCCUUCACCCUCUCCGGGGUAGACCUCCGCGUCCGAGUCGGUCCGCGCCUGGAAGCUGCAUAGAGGCGAGGAUGUUGGAAAACGGGAGGAAGGUGCUGAAGGAAGGCGUGCUGGAGAAGAGAAGCGACGGUCUUCUGCAGCUGUGGAAGAAGAAGCUGUGCGUCCUGACCGAGGACGGCGUGCUGCUGCUGCCGCCCAAACAGCACGAUUCCCCGCAGCAGCACCAGGACGGCCCCGGGGGGGAGGCGGGCAAAGUCAAGGAGCUCCACUUCGCCAACAUGAAGACGCUGGACUGCGUGGAGCGGAAGGGCAAGUACGUCUACUUCACCGUGGUCAUGGCCGAGGGCAGGGAGAUCGACUUCAGGUGCCCACAGGACGAAGGCUGGAACGCGGAGAUCACCUUGCAGAUGGUCCGCUACAAGAACCGCCAAGCCAUCCUGGCCGUCAAGUCCACCCGCCAGAAGCAGCAGCUGCUCGUCGUCCACAUGCCCGCUCACAGCCGCAAGACCCUCCGGAGCUCGCCCAAUGUGGCGUGACCUGCGGGCCAGUCGUGCGCCAUCUGCGGUUCCCUGGACACUGGAGGAUGAACAUCUACACACACACACACACACACACACACACACUUUGUCCGGGACUCUUCCACGUGGUGACUUCCUCCUGUCCCCCAGACAGGAAGUGACCUCACCAGACACUUGACAGACUAAAAAGCACGUGCAGGUGACAUUAUUUAUUACACAUGUAAAUAGUUUUUCUACGGAACCAAAGUGUUGUCGGCACACGCGCAGCCGGGGAAGUGCGCCUCUAUUCAGUCUUAUUAGAACGCUCGUCCUUUUGUUAGCGCUAGCAAACUUCUCCAAUUGUGCUCGAAUUCCGUCCGAUGUUACUUUUUAUUUGCCAGGAGAAAUUAAAAAAGAUGGUGUCAUUUUUGUGUGAUUAUUGAUCACAGUUAGCCUUGUCAUGUUAUUAUUAUUAUUAUUUAUUCUUUGUUUUCCAAAGUCUCCCUUUGUUUUUAGUUGUUUUUAACCUCUUCACGCUUCAAUCUAACGUGCACGCAAACAUCAAAUCUUUCUUUGUGGUGAUUUUUGGCAUGGAUUUGUCGAAUUAUUCAUGUCUAAAUUGUCGAUGGAUGACCACGAUAUCCGUUAUUUUCAAACAACGCACGUAUUUUUGAGUCGGCUGUUUCAUUUUUAUGUGCUAAUCGUCUCGUUUUGAAUUAGCCUGUCGCUAACUUCUUCCGGUGGUCUUUGAUUGAUUGAUUGAUUGAGAAGUUUGACGUCUAUAAAGAAUUGAAUCCAUGUGAUGCUUUAAAAAAGGCAAAUGGAUGGCACCAAAAGCCAUUGUGAUCACAUUUGAUACAUUCAAUAAUAAAAGAUAUAUAACCUGUAACAUGUAUAUUAAAAAAAAUCUGGAAUGUUCUGGAAUGACAUGCUAACCUGACCACAAACCUUUAUUUUUACACAUUUGAUCAUCUUUCAUCUUUUUAAGUCAUGAAGUGACUUGUGUGCUAGAAUUGUUCCAUUUGUUUCUUUCACAACAAUUCAACUAUUUCACUCGACAUUAUCAAAAAGUUUGAGAUCAUUAAAAGUUAUGGAAACAAGUUAUUUUCAAUCAAAUGUUCGAUAUGUUCAUUUUUGCCCCCGAAUUGUCUCAUUUUUAAUCAGGUCUUCGUAGCAUUAGCCUGGCGCUAACCCGUUAGCAUAAUGCUAGCGUGUUUAUUUCAACAAAUGUGCUGUCCUACCCUCUCAAAACUGUUUUAUUUCUUGU